GAAUGCAUUUUAUUCACGAAUGGGUUCAGGUGAGGGUGGAUAUGGGCACUGGGUUCAAAGGACAAAUUUGAAGAAUUCAUGAUCCAGGAGAGUGAACAAAUAAGGAAGGGCUAAAGAGAUCCUCGAAGUUGAAAGGUUCAGAGUUAAUGUCCUCUAAGGAGAGCCAACAAGGGGUUACAAGUGCGGAAGUCAUCAAGAAAAUGUGCCUGUCUUUCCUUGAGACUGGGAAGGAGAAUUAGGAUGAGGAAAAUCCAGAGGAUGGUAAAAUAGCUUGACUUCAAAAUAACAGGCCGGGCGCAGUGGCUCACGCCUGUAAUUCCAGCACUGUGGGAGACCGGGGGGCGGGGGGUGGAUCACCUGAGCGCAGGAGUUCGAGACCAGCCUGGGUAACAGGGUGAAAACCCGUAUUUAAAAAAAACCGGGCGCGGUGGCCCACGCCUGUAAUCCCAGCACUUUGGGAGGCCAAGGCGGGCGGAUCACUUGAGGUCAGGAGUUCGAGACCAGCCUGGCCAACAUGGUGAAACCCCAUCUCUACUAAAAAUAACAAAAAUUAGCCGGACGUGAUGGCGGGCACCUGUAGUUCCAGCUACUGGGGAGGCUGAGGCGGGAAAAUCGCUUGAACCCAGGAGGCAAAGGUUGCACUGAGCCCAGACUGUCCCACUGCACUCCAGCCUGGGCAACAGAGCAAGACUCCGUCUCCCCCCCCCCCCCCCAAAAAAAAAAAGGCAAGAAAAAGAAAGAGAAUGGCGAGGCCCAGAGAGACCGAAAGUCCCACCAGAGGGUACACAGCUAGCUCAGCCCUAAUGCCGGCCCCGCGGUGCCUUUCCGAGCUCACGGCCUCCCCUCGGCAUCCGGGUUUCGGCCUCGGAGCGCCAGGGACGCCACGAGGACGCGCCCCACACUUGCGCUUCUGGGUUCCAGCCCCCGCGGCCCCCAACAAAUAAAGAAGGGAAAGUGCUGAGGGUGACGGCCCCGGGGAGCGCUGCGGCUCUACGUCAACCUGCGGCGGCCGCCGACUCAUUUGGGGCCACGCUGGUUGCAUUCGUCACGCCGGGGAUGCCUCUCAAACCCGCGGCCUGCCGAGGACGUUCCCACACGGGAGACCCCAGCGACGCGGGCGCAUCUGUAGCUCUCGAGAACCGGGCCGCGGAGCCCCCGCGAGGGCAGGCGGGGAAUCGGCGACUGCGGGGGCGGACAGCUGGGGCUUGUAAUCCCCUCGCUACCCUCUAUUCUGGAAGAGGCGGGUCGCGGUCGCUGAACUCCAGCUCUGCGCCUGCCCAGGCGGCCGCCCAGACAUGUCCGUCCUUGUAAGUUAAAAGCUUCCAUGGGAGCCUUCCUUCCUAAUCAAGAUGCAAAUAAUACGGCACUCCGAACAGACACUAAAAACAGCUCUCAUCUCAAAGAACCCAGUGCUUGUAUCACAGUAUGAGAAAUUAGAUGCUGGGGAACAACGUUUAAUGAAUGAAGCCUUCCAGCCAGCCAGUGAUCUCUUUGGACCCAUUACCUUGCAUUCUCCAUCAGAUUGGAUCACCUCCCACCCUGAGGCUCCCCAAGACUUUGAACAGUUCUUCAGUGAUCCUUACAGAAAGACACCCUCUCCAAACAAACGCAGCAUUUAUAUACAGUCCAUUGGCUCUCUAGGAAACACCAGAAUUAUCAGUGAAGAAUAUAUUAAAUGGCUCACGGGCUACUGUAAAGCAUAUUUCUAUGGCUUGAGAGUAAAACUCCUAGAACCAGUUCCUGUUUCUGUAACAAGAUGUUCCUUUAGAGUCAAUGAGAACACACACAACCUACAAAUUCAUGCAGGGGACAUCCUGAAGUUCUUGAAAAAGAAGAAACCUGAAGAUGCCUUCUGUGUUGUGGGAAUAACAAUGAUUGAUCUUUACCCAAGAGACUCGUGGAAUUUUGUCUUUGGACAGGCCUCUUUGACAGAUGGUGUGGGGAUAUUCAGCUUUGCCAGGUAUGGCAGUGAUUUUUAUAGCAUGCACUAUAAAGGCAAAGUGAAGAAGCUCAAGAAAACAUCUUCAAGUGACUAUUCAAUUUUCGACAACUAUUAUAUUCCAGAAAUAACUAGUGUUUUACUACUUCGAUCCUGUAAGACUUUAACCCAUGAGAUCGGACACAUAUUUGGACUGCGACACUGCCAGUGGCUUGCAUGCCUCAUGCAAGGCUCCAACCACUUGGAAGAAGCUGACCGGCGCCCUCUAAACCUUUGCCCUAUCUGUUUGCGCAAGUUGCAGUGUGCUAUUGGCUUCAGCACUGUAGAAAGAUACAAAGCACUGGUGAGGUGGAUUGAUGAUGAAUCUUCUGACACACCUGGAGCAACUCCAGAACACAGUCGCGAGGAUAAUGGGAAUUUACCGAAACCCGUGGAAGCCUUUAAGGAAUGGAAAGAGUGGAUAAUAAAAUGCCUCACUGUUCUCCAAAAAUAAGGACCUUCAAAUAGGAGUGAUUGAAAUAAAUAACUACUUGCAUGUUAUGCUUUCAUUUGGGUGGAAUACUUCAUUGGAAUAAACUACUGAUCUUGUGCUGUGUCAAAGUAA